AUGAUCCUGAAGGCUGUGACCCUGGGCCUGGCCCUGGUGGCUCUCUCUGGUGCUUCGGAAAGACCUCCAGGUAAAUGGCCUGAGGUCAGCGACAAACAGGUGGCCGCUGUGGUGUGGGACUACUUCAGCCAGCCGAGCACCAAUGCCAAAAAGGAAGAGGAGCAGAAAUCCGAACUGACCCAACAGCUCGAAACACUCUUCCGGAAUUAUUUCUGGGCAAGACUCCAGGACAAGCCCUACAUCUACGAUGUGAAGGAGCUGGUGCCUUUUGCUAUCAACCAACACCAACGCCUCACCAAAGACUCAGAGAAGCUGAAGGAGGAAAUCUGGAAGGAGCGGCAAGAGCUGAGGGCCAAGAUGCUGCCCCACGCUAAAAAUGUGAGCCAGAGCAUCACGGACUACUUGGUCCUGCUGAGGGAGUUCGCUGAUCAAUACCCCAACAUGAUAAACCAUAUCAUCACUGGUGAGAGGCAGGGGUUGGAGAAGUGGAUACCACUCACCCUGAACCGCAUCGAGGCAAGGCUACACGACAAUGCGGAGGACCUGCAGGCCUUUCUCACUUCCAUCAUCGACAGGGUCAGGAAUGAAACCACGGGCGAGAUGUUUAAAUUUGAGGCAUAUCAAGUAGUAUAUGAAGAACUUCUCAUGAGGAGAAUUGACCAGAAGGUGGAGGAGCUGCGCCGCAGCCUGGCCCCUUUCGCGCAGGACGUUCGGGAGAUUCUCGACCACCAGCUGGAGGGCGUCUCCUUCCAGAUGAAGAAGGGCAUGGACCAACUGCAGGCCAACGUCUCGGCCGGGUUCAAGGAGCUGUGCCAGCGGCUGAAGAACCUGACAGAUGACACGUGGGAAACGCUGAGGGACAACACGGAGGAGCCGCAGAAGUCUGUGGUCGAGAUGGGUAAACAGUUCGACCAGCAGCUGGAGGAAUUCCAGCGCACCCUGCCCCUUUACAAAGAGCCUUUCGAAAAAGCGAUGGUGCAGCUGGUGGAGGAUUUCAGACAGAAACUGGUGUCCCCCAAUGUGGGGGACGGGGAAGACUAUUUGAUCUUCCUGGAGAAGGACCUGAAGGACAAGGUCAAGUCCUUCUUCAACACCAUCAAAAAGGAGAGUCGGGAGAAGCUCCUUGACCUGAAGAAUCAGGACAAGAACUAA